CUGUGCGGGCACGUCAAUGGAAAAUGUCAGGACUAAGUGUACGAGCGGUGACAAUGAAUUGUGAUCCUAGUAGUUCUCCUCGUUUGAUAAAAGGGUCCUUGUUGGGCACUGGUUCCUUUCCUGGUUGUUUACGUUUAUACUCUGUAACACCGGUCUAUCGACACAGUCAACCGUGGAAUGGCAGCAGCCUUAAAAAAGAAUCAUUCACGCAGAAGGUUGGCCGCCCUAACUUUUCUUUCGAACAUCUCCCUCGAUGGCAGCCACCGCGACACCAAGUUAGCUGUUCUAUCGCGAAACGGGCCUGCUCAUACACGUACCCUCAGCGACAGUCAAGCUCAUCAGGCUGAUGUUCGUCAAACCGAUCUAGACGUUUCCAGUGAGGAAGUUCUUGAUGAUAGUACAGAAGACCGCUUGAUCCAUUCAUCUGCCAAACAGACAUCCUCACCACAACUGGUACAGAAGAAUGCUGAACAUAAUUCAUUUAGUUCAAAUUCUGAUGGGGUAUUGACUCCUGCGAAAGCAGCAGUGGCUGCCUUUCUUGAACAGGAAAGAAGCUAUCCACAUAUCCCCACUGGAUUUCAUAGUUCAUUCAGAGAACGUACCGGCACUACUGGCAGUGAAUAUUCUUUACCUGAAAGACGUGUGGGUUCCUUGCAAUAUAAAAAACGUAUAACUCAUCAAACAUCUACACUUUCGGAAGAUAUUAAGCAUCAGUAUAAUAGUUCUAAUGAGAGUAUUGGUUCUCUACGUUCUAAAUCGCAAUCAUCAAAAUCAAAAACAAAGGCAUCAAACAAUACACAGUCUGGAUGUACAAAUAGUGGUAUAAUACCAGAAGUCACGCGGGAGUUGCGUUUAAUGCAACACCCUAUAAAUGGUUACAAAUUUGGAGAUGAUAGACUGGUUUUGGUUUCUAAUAAACAUGUGCCAUUCCUAGUAUUUUCUGCUCUUCCAUACAACAAAGGACAAAGAUCUAGUUGGUCUGAAUUGCGUAAAGAUACGGGAAGAAGAAAAAAUAUUUCUUCGCAGCGACCGUUAUCUGCAAUCAAUGAUAAUAUUGAUCCAUUUGGUUUGUUAGGAAUAGAGCGCGCUAAAGACGGCCAGGAAAUAUCUUAUGGACAAUUGCUUGUUCCAUCCAGGCAAUUUCAAAAGGAUAAAAAAUUACACUUUAGCGAUAACGAGGCAAUAGAGUUUACACAUGUUAUACCUACCAAGCAUCCUAUGGUUUCAAGGACAAAAACUAUUACUUGGAAUGUGGAUCACUCAAAAUGGUGCUUGUCUUACGAUACAGCCACACAUCGUGCUCAACAUUUAACACCUGAAUCUCCUCCACUAUCUUUUAGUACUGAUUCUAAAGCAUAUGAUUGGGAUGAACAAUCACUGCAGUACAAUCCCAAUUUAUUAGAUGAUCCAGAACUCAUAGCUGGCAAGCAUAGAACAUUACUUACUUUUACAUCAUAUAUGGCAUCAGUGAUUGAUUAUGUACGACCAUCUGAUUUGAAGAAGGAAUUAAAUGAUAAAUUUAAAGAAAAAUUUCCACAUAUUCAACUUACUUUGAGUAAGUUAAGAAGUUUGAAACGAGAGAUGAGGAAAAUAGCAAAAAUAGAGUAUGGUAUUGAUCUGCUGACAGUAGCAAUGGCUUACGUAUAUUUUGAGAAACUUAUUCUUCGAAAUAUUGUCACCAAACAAACACGAAAAUUAUGUGCUGGUGCAUGCUUACUUCUGGCAGCAAAACUGAAUGAUGUGAAGGGUGAUGUACUUAAAUCAUUAUUGGAGAGAAUUGAAAGCGUAUUUCGUUUAAAUCGUAAGGAUUUGAUAACAUCUGAAUUUGCUGUUUUGGUAGCCUUAGAGUUUGGUUUACAUCUCCCAACAUGGGAAAUAUUUCCGCAUUACCAGAGAUUGAUUUAUGAGUCUUGAUCUUCUUUUAUGAUGUUUCAUUUGCAC